AAAUAAAUUAUUGUGAUUUUUUUUUUUAGAAAAAAUAUCAAAAAAUACAUAAAAAACUGUGAGUAAAAUUUGAGUGAUUUUGCUGACUUCAAUUUGUAAUAAAAAAUAAAAAAAAAAUGGAAUAAAAAUAAAAGAAAAAAGAAAUUUUAAGGAUUUAUUAAUAUUCAAUAUUUCUUGAAAGAUCCUUACAAACAAAAUCAUCAAGGACUAUCGUGUUAUCUCUUCAAUUCAAAAAAGACAAACAAAAUUAUAUAUAUUUUUGGGUUACAAUUUCUUGGUCAAAUAAACCAACUUGACUCUGCGUCAAGUUUCAAUUCCCAAAAAUAACUUAGAAAAAGACAAACAAACAAGAUACAUAUCUAAUACUAUCAAGGACGUCCAUUCAUCUUAAGGAUCUUAUAGAUAUAUAAUUUUGUGUGUGUUGUUUCCCCAAAAAAAAAAAACCCACCUUAUCUCUCUUUGCUUUUGUGGUAAACCCAAAAAAGUCAAUCAUAAACACAGGACACCACAAAUAUGAAAGGAAGACAUUUAAGGAGACGAUUCAGUCUGCAGCCCUCGUUUAUGAACAAGGACGACAAUGAAGAUAAACAAAAACGAGAUAAAGUCGGACGACAUAAUGCAGUAGAUGACAGUGUUAGCCCGUCAAAUGCCCGACAUAAAAUUGUCGUCAUGGGAUCGGCCAAAGUUGGUAAAACCUCCAUCAUCAACCAGUUUCUCUACAACACAUUUUCUACGAAAUACAAAAGAACAAUCGAAGAGAUGCACCAAGGGAAUUUUUCGAUAGCUGGAGUAAGUCUAACUUUGGAUAUUCUUGAUACAGCUGGAUCCUAUGAGUUUCCAGCAAUGCGAGCAUUAUCCAUUUCAUCAGCGGAUGCUUUUAUAUUAGUUUACGAUGUCACCGAUUCAAGUACGUUCGAUGAGGUUCGAACGAUAAGAGAUCAAAUUCAUGAGACGAAAGGAACGAGUGCUGUACCGAUUGUUGUAGUUGGCAAUAAAAUCGAUUUGGUAGAGGAAAAUAGUGAGCUGAGAGAGAUUGACAAUGAAACAACUGAAUCUGUGGUAAUGGUUGACUGGGAAAAUGGUUUUGUUGAAGCAUCUGCUUGUAAAAAUGAAAAUAUUACACAAAUUUUUAAAGAACUUCUAUCACAAGCUAAAAUCACCUAUAAUCUGAGUCCUGCAUUAAGACGUCGCCGGAGGCAAUCUUUGCCACCAAAUCAAAUGGGCAACAAUGGUCAUCCAAGUACACCAAGUAGUGCGCCCAUUUUACCUGGGGCACAUGUUCCAUCGGCAGCACAACUUCAACACCUACAAAGAAUUCAAGAACGCAGUUUGGGUGGCAAAAGAAAUUCAUGCAGUAUUUCUUAAUUAAAAUUAAAAAAAUAAAAACAAAAAUAAAAUUUAAAAAUCUUUUUACUUUAUUUCUAAAAUGUAUUUAAAAAAAAUCAGGCUUACGGGUAAUCUAAUUAAAAAAAUAAACAAAAAAUGAACACUUCAAAGGUUUUCAUCAGCAAAAUACAAAAAUAAACUUAAAAAAAGAAAUAUUAAAAAUAGCAAUUUCCUUAAAAAAAUACAUACAUAAAUCCAUUUCAAUUUCAAGGUUUCUAUAUGAGAAAACAAACAAAAAAUAUUCAAAUGCAAAUUUUAAAUG